GCAUCAGGUAUCCAUCCCACACCAUAUAUAACCGCGAGAGCCGAGAGGAGAGCGACACCACAGGGGCACCAGCGAAGUGAACCGCACCGAGAGACAACUGUCAAAAAAUGGCCAACAUGUUGAGAUCGUGGAUGACGCUCGCAGCGCUCGUCCUGUGCCUGCUGGUGUGCUGGAGCAGCUUGGCGGACGCCUACCCUCCCAAACCGGAGAGUCCGGGGGGCAACGCCUCACCGGCGGAGUGGGCCAAGUACCACGCGGCUGUCAGGCAUUACGUUAACCUCAUCACCAGACAGAGGUAUGGGAAGAGGUCAACCCCCGAGCAAGCGGUGGCGUGGCUGCUGUUCGGAGGCGAUUCAAGCCAAGAAACCGAACCACGCUCGGACUACGCCGAUCAGUGGUGAAAGACCCCGACGGU